UACGCGCGCCUGGAUUUCGACGAUCGGUGUCGGCCGCUCCGCUCCGCUCCUGUGGAGACAGUCAAGUCAGUCGUUUCGAGGCUGCCGAGUUGACCGGGUCGUGAGUCGUGGAAAGCCGCGUCGUUCCGGGCUGUGUGUCUUCUCUCUCCAACUGAAACCACCACUUCUCUCUCGCGUCUGCCCGUCCCUUCCUUUGUUAGCCACCCCAUCGAAAUUUCGAGGGCGAGAACCAUGGCGAAUACCAUGAUCCUGACGCUUGUACUGCUGGCAGUGAUCCAGACUGCUAUGUGCAACAACUGUUCGCGUCCAUGCUAUCCAAGCGAGUUCUUUCCCAAUGUCCAAAACAAUCUCACAAAAAUCAUCUGGGCGCACGCUGUCAACAGCCUGAUGGAAUUGGACAAAGCACUCGCAUCAAAGGAUGUCAUGAUGCUGGAGGGCGACGUCGUGAUGGGAAGACAUACCACCAGCAAUGUCACCGAUUAUAUCCCGAUAAUGGCGCAUCCACCAGCCACGGAAAGUGACCUAUCGCUUGAAGAGUUCCUCAUGAUCAACAACAAUAACGGCAGCAAGGGCAUCAAGCUGGACUUCAAGUCUAAUGAAGCUUUCAAUUACAGCAAGAUUAUCCUUAAAAAGUUCCAACAAUUCCUGAAGUGUCCAAUUAUCCUCAAUGCGGACAUUCUUGCGGGACCAGUCAACGCUACUGCUCCUCUGGUUGGCGUAGACUUUCUGAAAGAAGCUAGUUAUAUCUUACCGAACUCUACUAUCUCUAUCGGUUGGACAACCAGAUACGGAAAGGAAUUCAACAUCACCGAGGGUCGAUAUAGUGAGAACCAGAUCAAGGAAAUGGUCAAAAUUGUAACAGACAGUGGUAUCAACCUGCCGAUAACUUAUCCAGUACGAGCGGUUUUUGCAGUAAACAAUACCGAUAGUAUGAAGGAAUUGUUGAAGAACACGACAUCCACCGGUGGUGCGACGUUAACGAUCUGGUCGUCGGAGGGCGAUUACGUCGAUGCCGCGAAUCUUUCAAAACUGAUCAAAGAAGUGGGACUCAAUAAGGUUUACGUCGAUGUCCCGACAGACUUGAGAAACCAACUGAACCUCUCGGGCGCGUCUACGAUGACAUCCACAAUAAUGAUAAAUUUAAUCGCGUCGUUGACGCUUUUGGUCAUGUCGAGAAUGUUGUAAGAAGAUGUAGGUAGUAGAUAUUUGCGACGAGAUUCGAGAAAAAGAGGGCUCAAACCCUUAAUUUCGGGGGUCUCUCGAUGGAGAAACGAAAGUACGAGCGAACGAAAUCCGAUUACGAUUGCAUGUCGUAAAUAUCAUUUAUGAUCGCCAUCGAGAUCGUUUAAUUGGAUUUUCGUCCAUUUUGACUACAUUUCUUGUGACGUAUCUCUUAUGACGUCAAAGUCAUCGUCGCAGCGAACAGUUUCCAUAGCGAGAUAUUUUCCGAGCAAGACUUCCUCUAUCCAAGAAAAAAAAACAUAAAAUCACGGAUACAAUUUGUACUUAAAUGAAUCAUUCGAAUGACACGCAAAACAAUCCAAUUGUAUAAAACAUAUGAUAUUUUCUUUUUUAAUAUAUCUGACACGAUAAGUCAUAAAAAAAGAAUACCUGCAUAUGUGUAAGUAAACACGUUUCAAUUAUAUCGAGAGUAACUUUAAUACCGUUAUACCGAUAAACAGUAACACUUUACCUAUUGUUAAUUAAUGUCUAAAAAGUUUCUUAAUAUUACAGUAUACGUAUGUUAAUAAAUCAA